AUGUCUCCAGCUGCUCUCUUCUCCCGCAUCUCACCACACUACACCUUCGACUUUGUCGAUGCCCCGUUCGAAUCCCCGCCCGCUCCUGGCAUUGCCGCUCUCUAUCCCGCUCCCUACCUGGCCUGGCACAAGGCAUACGACCCCGCCGCGAUCCAAGAGUCGCAUCACUUUCUGCAGACCAUCAUCGACGAGGAUGGGCCGUAUGAUGGGGUGAUUGGCUUUUCGCAGGGGGCGGCGUUGGCGGCGAGUUUCUUGCUUUGCCACGAGCAUGCGAGAGCCAGAAACCAACCAUCGCUCCAUCUCCAAGAUUCUACUUCUGAUCCCAAGCAUGCGAGAAGCCACGGUUCUGCGCCCAACCCCCCAUUCAAGGUCGCCGUCUUCCUUAACAGUGUCAUGCUGUUUUCCCCGUCCGUCGACAUCGGCGACGACAUCAGUGAAGAGAUUAGGCAGCAAGAGCGGAAACACUUGGGGUUUUUGCAGGGAGAUUCAGAUCCUACUUCACUUCCUCGUUUGUCAGGAUCGGGUUCUUCACUUCCUCCUUCGUCGGGAUCGGCUACCACCACUUCGUCCAUGGUGUCGACUCCCACUACCACCACCUCAUCGUCGUCAUCAUCGGUGUCCAUCUCAUCAAUGACCGCGACCGGCACGCAUGGUCAUCUACGUGUAGGUGCCACACCGGAUCAGAUCACCACCUCCACCUCGACCAUCUUUGGUUUUCGUCCGUCAAGUUUCCCGCAUCGCAUCUCGAUCCCGACGUUGCAUGUCAUCGGCAAGCACGACCAAUUUGCAGAGCAUUCACAUGGCCUGGUGGAGCUGUGUUGUGCUGAAAAGGCAGAAGUGGUGAUUUCCCAGGGGGGGCACGAACCGCCGCGUACCGAUGGGGAAUUGGAAACGUGUGCUAAGCUCUUGGAAGUGCUGACGUUGAUGGCUUCCUUGGCUUGA